AUGGCUGAAGAUUCAGAGCUCUGGUAUGUUAUCUGUGAUGGUGCUUUCAUUCCUAUGACGACCAUUGGUGAACCAACAGUGACAAUUCCCAAAACAAGAAAGGAAUACAAUGAUAGUUACCGCAAGUCUAUAGAGAAGAAUUUUCGAGCAAAAAGGAUCCUUGUCUGUAGCAUUAGACCAAACAAAUACAACAAGAUUUCUUCCUAUCAAUCUGCUAAAGAAAUCUGGGAAGCUCUCCAAAAAGCACACGAAAGGACAACUCAAGAAAGCAAAGUUAAUGCUAUCACGGAGGCAAAGGAUCUGCAAAAGCUGACCAUUGGUGAACUUAUUGGCAAUUUGAAGAGUUAUGAGAUGAAGAAGAUGAAGGAUCAUGAGAGAAGAAAGCCCAAAAGGGAGAAGAACCUGGUUCUCAAGACAAACAACAAUGACUCAAGUGGUGAGGAUGCUGAUAUGGCCUAUCUAACAAAAGGAUUUAAGAAGAUAGUUUGCAGAAAUGGAGGUAUUCCAAAGAGGGGCAGCUCCAGCAAGCCAAAAGGCUAUGAAUUAUGUCAUAAGUGCAGGAAGCUAGGACACUUCAUCAAGGAUUGCCCUCUCCACAAGCAUGACCAGUAUAAACACAAUACUGAUAAAGCAACCAAGAGGAACCCGGUUCUUGACAAAAGAUUCAAGAGAAAAGAUAUCGUUGAUAAUGUAGUUAAACAGGCUCUUGCUGCAUGGGGAGACUCUUCCACCGAAUCCGGAGAAGAUGAUGAGCAAGGUGAUAGCUCUAUGAUGGCAGUAGAAAGUGAAUCAGCUGAGUAUGACUCUAUUUUUUUCCUAAUGGAAAAAACAGAUGAGGAUGAGGAAGAUGACGAUGGUGAUGUGGUAAACUUUUUGGAUGUUCAAAGAAAUUUAAAGUCCUAUUCUCAAAAGAAGCUUAUAUCCUUGGCUAAAGUUCUAACUGAUACAUAUCACAAUCUCAUUGAUGAAAAAAAUAUGCUAACUGUGGAACUAGAUGAAAUAGAACAUGAGAGAGAUGAUUUAGUGGUGGUUGUAGCUGAUCUAAAAGAGACCAUUGAGAGUUUAAAAAAGGAAAAAGAUAUCUUGGCUGAGAGAGUUGCAAACGUAGAUCAUGAGAGAGAUGACCUAUUAGUAGUAGUUGUAGACCUAAAGGAAAUAAUUGAGGAACUAAGAAGGGAAAGUAGACAUGAGAUCACUCAAAAAGGAAAGGAAGUUGCAAGUGAGACAUACCUUAGGCUUGAAAAUAAGCUAAAAUCAGUGAAAUCUAGUAUGUGUACUGAACUUGAGAGAAACAGACAACUUCAGGAAGAUCUAGGAAGAGUUAAGAAUGACAUAGAAAAAUCUCUUAAAUGGACCUAG